GGGCUUCGCUGGCAGCUGGCAGCUGACCCGAGCCAUGCCACCCGAGAUCUCCAGGCCCCUUCAGCCCCGUUGCCUCUCCCACUCCAGCAAGUCUCCAGACCCACCUUCUUCGCCCGGAAGUUCGAGUCGACCGUGAACCAGGAGGUCCUGGAGAUCCUGGAUGCCCACCUGUAUGGCAGCUACCCGCCGGGCACGCCGGCCCUCAAGGCCUACUGGGAGAACACGUACGAUGCGGCCGAUGGCCCCAGUGGGCUCAGUGACGUCAUGCUCACCGCGUACACCGCCUUCGCCCGCCUCAGCCUGCGCCACGCUGCCGCCACGGCGCCCCCGCUGGCCACCCCGCUCUGCAGGUUUGAGCCCCGGGGCUUGCCGUCCAGCGUGCACCUGUAUUUCUAUGACGACCAUUUCCAGGGCUACCUGGUGACGCAGGCGGUGCGGCCCUCAGCCCAGGGGCCGGCAGAGACGCUUGAGAUGUGGCUGAUGCCCCAGGGGUCGCUGAAGCUGUUGGGGCGCAGUGACCAGGCCAGCCGGCUCCAGAGUUUGGAGGUCGGCACCGAGUGGGACCCCAAAGAGCGUCUUUUCCGGAACUUUGGGGGGUUGCUGGGGCCGCUGGAUGAGCCUGUGGCCAUGCAGCGCUGGGCCCGGGGCCCCAACCUCACAGCCACUGUGGUGUGGAUUGACCCCACCUACGUGGUGGCCACGUCGUACGACAUCGCGGUAGACGCGGACACCGAGGUCACGCAGUACAAGCCCCCACUGAGCCGGCCCCUGCGGCCAGGGGCCUGGACUGUUCGACUGCUUCAGUUCUGGGAACCCCUGGGUGAGACCCGCUUCCUCGUGCUGCCCUUGACCUUCAACCGCAAACUACCUCUCAGGAAAGAUGAUGCCAGCUGGCUGCACGCCGGGCCGCCCCACAACGAGUACAUGGAGCAGAGUUUCCAGGGCCUCAGCGGCAUCCUGAACCUGCCUCAGCCUGAGCCCGCGGAGGAGGCCGCCCGCCGGCACGCGGAGCUCACAGGCCCGGCACUUGAGGCCUGGACAGAUGGGGAGCUGAGUGGCUUCUGGUCUGUGGCCGGACUGUGCACCAUGGGCCCCUCCGCCUGCCCGUCCCUGGAGCUCUGCAGACUGACCAGCUGGAGCUCCGUGUUCCCCGACCCCAAAUCAGAGCUGGGGCCCGUCAAAGCGGACGGGCGACUCAGGUAGCAGGGCCCCAGCCAGUGCGUCCGGAGGACCCGGGGAAUUGCACCUUACAGACAGCAGAGGGGCGAGAACCGGAGGCACACGCAGGCCAUGCUAGCCAUCCCGAGCCCGCACAGACGGCAGGGAAGGGGGCGUGGUCCUCACUGCCGACGGUUCUGCUGGGGACCAGAGGUGGGCAGGAAUGUGGGGAGAAGGGCUCCAGCUUCCACGCCCCGCUCUUCCCCACUUUCCCUUCUAGAUUUCUUGUUGUUUUGGGGUUUUUUUGUUUGUUUUUAAUGGGUAGUAGAGGGAGGAACUGGAAAUGAAAACUGUGCAAUAGGGCUCAGAGCAGCCCCAGGAAGUGGGCCAUGGCUCUGGGGAGCAGGGCCCUGACGAGCCCAUCUGCUGUCGCUCCGGAGGGGACUGGGCCUGCCUCACUCUCCGGGGCCUCGUUCCCCCAGCCUGGGCCUGUGGUGCCUACGGCUGAGGCUCUACGGGGGUGCAAGUGCCGGGCCAGGCUCUCAGGCCCAGAGACCAGGUGAUUUGGGGGAGCUCUGCAGAGCUGGACUCUAGCGGGAUCGCCUCUCCUCUUGUAGCCAGGGGGCUGUAGAAGAAAGGGGUGGGGCCGGCUCUAGGGCUUUCCAGCAUGUCCGGCCCCUCGAUGGGCAAGGCAGGGCGUCAGGGCCUGCUGAGACCAAUGCAGAGUCUCCCAGGCACCCAGAACUGCACGCCGGGCCUGGGCUCCCGCCCUGGAGGGGCGAGCCGUCGCGAGCAGUGUGGGAAGAAGACUCUUGGCAGGGCUCUCCGAAGAACCUAGAGCAGCAUUGUGCCUGAAAGCUCCGUGUGAAGUCUGAAAUAUGCAACAGAAGAAAUAUAUCUCUAUCUCUCUAA